AUAGAACACCAUCUUUCUGAUCUUCUUCACACAAUCCUGCAAGGGACCAGCCCCACCCCCGCAUUUACACUGCCACGUGGAGAAACCGAGCAAAAUUAAUUAAAAAACAAGCACAAGCAAGCAAGCAAGAUUCUGAGAUUGUUCAGUAUGACUGGCCUACCACUCUCAUUUGUGUUGCUGUCCCUGCUACUAGUGAUAGCAGCCCAUGGCCAUGCUACCCCCAAGUCCAAACUCCCCUCUCUCCCCUCAAAGAUUGUACAGGAGAUCCAAUCCUACCAGCCGAUCGCUGAUCAGAUCAUCAAGUAUUCACUGACUGGUCUUGGACAGAAUCAGUCUUAUGACAGACUUUCCGUGUUCACGGAUAAAUUUGGUGGCCGACUGUCGGGUACUAAAAACUUGGAGGAUUCUAUUGACUAUAUGCUCGAUGCACUACAAAAGGACGGGCUGGAUAAUGUGCACGGUGAAGUGGUGAACGUGACACACUGGGAGCGUAAUACAGAGUACGCAACAUUGUUGGAACCUCGAGUCAAGGACAUUGCUAUAUCAGGGCUUGGUUCUAGUGUCGGCACUGGUGCUGAUGGUAUCACAGCUGAUGUGAUUGUUGUUCGGUCUUUUGAUGAUUUAGACGCCCAUGCAAGCGAUGUCUCCGGCAAAAUAGUGGUGUUUAACCAGAAAUAUGUCAGCUAUCCGGCCACUGCUGGGUAUCGAGUCAUAGGUGCAUCAAAAGCUUCAAAAUACGGUGCUGUUGCAACUCUUAUUCGCAGUGUGACUCCACAAUCCAUCUAUAGCCCACACACAGGAAUACAGGACUACGUUGGCAAUGUAAAGAAAAUCCCAACUGCUUGUAUCACUGUUGAAGAUGCUGAAUUUUUCGAUCGAAUACAAUCGCGUGGUGAACCAAUUAGAAUCAAGCUCUACAUGGGUGCUGUCAACUAUGACAUGUCUCUAUCUCGUAACACAGUGGCCGAGAUCAAAGGAAGUGUAUUCCCUAAGCAAACUGUACUGGUUAGUGGACACCUGGACAGCUGGGAUGUUGGAGAGGGAGCCAUGGAUGAUGGUGGUGGGGCAUUCAUCUCAUGGCAAGCACUUAGUAUCAUCAGAAGCCUAGGACUCAAACCGAAACGCACUGUGCGACUAGUGAUGUGGACGGAUGAAGAAGCUGGUGGUGUGGGGUCUCAGCAAUACUAUCAGAAGCACAGAGACGAGGCUAAUAACAUUAGUAUUCUGUUUGAAUCGGAUGAAGGAGUGUUUACGCCAUAUGGUAUGUUGUUCACUGGGUCCCCCAAGGCUAAGGCGGUCAUGGCUCAGAUUGGGAAAUUGUUACAGGCUGUGAAUUCAAGUGAGGUCUAUGACAACGGAGGUGGUACUGAUGUGCAGUGGUGGAGGAAAGAUGGAGUCCCAACGGCAAGUAUCGCUAAUCACAGCGAAAAGUAUUUUUGGUUCCAUCAUUCCAAUGGAGACACCAUGACUGUGUUAGACCCUGUGGAGAUGAACAUGUGCUCUGCUGUGUGGGCUGUGUAUGCCUAUGUCCUUGCUGACAUGGACGAACUGUUGCCUAGGGACUGAACCCAUUGUGUGUAGGUUCAUAUUUUUUGUAUACACAGGUAUAUAUUUGAAUAGGUGCAUCAAUGUCAGUAUUGGUUUUCAUAAUGCAAAAUUAGUUCUGUGGUCAAA